AGUCAUAUUUCACCUGCUUAUUAUAAAAAGGUAGCCCGGAUGUCUUCUCAAUGUAAUGACGAACGUAUAUAAAUAUAAGUAAUAGUUUGUGUUAUUAGAUCAGAAUCAUCAAUUUAUUUUCCAGUUAAAAGAAGGAUAAGGAUAGACCACAAUGUUCAAAAUGGGACCUCCCUGUAUCAUACUGUUGAUUAGUGUGCUGUAUGUGAUUGUAAACGUAGAUUGCUAUCCCGGGUUUAGAAACAAGAUACCAAAUGGAUAUUUUGUCCCUUGUAAUUGUUCAAACCAUUCUGAAAUGGUCUGGAAAGCUGUUGGACAUUUUAGUUUAGAUGAAGGUACAGCCAAGAAAAAUCCGUUUGGAAUUGAUUUCCGAAAAAAUGGAAUGAAAUGGACACAAAGUUUUUGCAAAGGGGAUUCCGACGGAGAUGGGUUAUCAAAUGGAGAGGAACUAGGAGAUCCAAACUGUACCUGGGUAGAAGGACAAAUACCUGAUUAUGACGCUAUAGGACAUCCAGGUAUUUGUGAACCAAUAGGAAGUAAGUUCUGCAUAGACUUAGGACAGUUGUUUACAUGUGACUGUUUGGAACAGGGAAAAUUCUGUCCAAUUAACUUGGAUGAAAGAAAUUGAGUUGAAAAUAUGUGCUGAACAAAGACAUUUACUGACGAAUUUAAGUUUUCUAUUGCUUUUUCUAUGGCGAAUACAAUGUGUUUGAAAACUGGAUCAUUGAAACACAAUUAAGAGACGUUGUUUCAAAAGAACACAUUAAUCACGCUUCAAAUUGGAAAAAAUAGAAUAUGUAGAUAUAGGAAGAUGUGGUGUGAGUGCCAAUGAGACACGUUAAGAGUUUACUUCCAUACGAGAACUUGUAAAUGCUAGUCGUUUAUCAUCCGUCUAGCAAAGAAGGACGAAGAUUAUUUUUGAAUUUUCAAAAAGCAUGUCAUUAAUUUAAAAGAAAUUGGUUUUUUAGCGAAUCGUUUUGUAUCUAUGCUUUUCAAACCUAUCUGUAGACCUAUAUAAAGGAAUUAACCCAUCCACACUUUAGGGUAAAGAGUUCCUUAAGUUUAUCAAUUGGGAGGAAGAUCCAUUAGCUUUGCACGAAAUGUGCAUUUUAAAUACUCAUAUAUUUUUGUUUACAUACAUGUUUUGUAACUUUCUUUGGUGCUUUAUGUUUUAUUAAUGUAUAUAUUAUGUAAAUUUCAUUCAAUGUCAACAUUUUCAAAUGACAAUAAAAAUUUGAUCAAU